UGUGUUGGUAUUGCAUCUCUGUUGUUAUCGUGUGCAAAUGAGAAACAGCGAGAUAUUUAAUUUUUUAAAUCUAUUCUUUAAUCAUUUGAUGAAUGAGGGAUCGCCUUUCCCUCCUCCUGUGUGAUAGAUUUGUUUGUAUUGAUUUCCAUUUCUUGGACAUAUCGCUGCGCAGCGCACCACCCACGGCACUUUGUGACGAGUGCGCUAGAGAGUAGUUGCUGCUGUGCCGGUCAUAAAGUAUUCAUUUAAUUCAGUGUAUGCAUUAAUAUCUAAGCAAGAUGCGUUUAUUAGUUUGCUUUUUGUUACUAUUUCAAGUGCCAAUAUUGGUACUAAGUCUUAAAGACUUUCGCCUUGGUCGAGGAAAAGGAGGCAGUUUAGGAUCACCAGGUGGAGAUAUCAAUGAACCAUUACCAGCAGCCAAGUGGUUUAAGCAGAGGCUGGAUCACUCCAGCGCUGUGAAUCUAAUCACCUGGAAACAGCGCUACUUCGUCAACGAUCAAUUCUACGACCGCGAGCGGCCAGGGCCUGCCUUUCUCAUGAUUGGGGGAGAAGGCCCCGCCGAUCCUAGGUGGAUGGUGGCAGGCGCAUGGUUCGCAUAUGCCGAGAGAUUCAAAGCUAUAAUGUUCAAUUUGGAGCACAGGUUCUACGGUGAAAGUCAUCCUACAAAGGACAUGUCAACAAAAAAUUUGGUGUACUUAUCGUCGAGCCAAGCAUUAGGGGAUCUAGCAGCUUUUAUUAAGGCUAUGAACGUUGAGUACAAGCUGCCUAAAGAUCAGAAAUGGGUGGUGUUCGGCGGGUCGUACCCUGGAGCCCUGGCGGCCUGGAUGCGCCUCAAGUACCCGCACCUCGUGCACGGCGCGGUGUCGAGCAGCGGCCCCCUCCUGGCCAAAGUUGAUUUCAGAGAAUAUUUUAAAAUAGUCGUCGGGGCCUUGCGAGAAAAAACUGGUGAUGACCAAUGUUCCAAUGAGGUCAAGUUAGCCCACAACCAAAUAACAACUUUGAUGAAGACUCAGCCUGAAGUUAUCGAGGCGGAAUUCCGGGUCUGCAAACCAUUUUCUGGUGCGUCGGUCAAUGACAUCAAAAAUUUUUACAACUCAAUUGCGGAUGAUUUUGCUGAUUUGGUCCAAUAUAAUGAAGACAAUAGGAUUGGUGCUGACAAGAAAUAUAGAAAUGUGACUAUCAAUUCGGUGUGCAAGAUGCUCACAAAGCAAAACUCGUUGCCUGCUUAUAAGAAACUGGCUCAAUUCAACAGUAUCAUGUUGGAUAAAUCCAACCAAACUUGCUUGGAUUACAGUUAUAAUAACAUGAUAAAAGAACUGAGGAAUGUUACGUGGGGAAGUGACGAGGCUCGUCAAUGGAUGUACCAAACCUGUACUGAAUUCGGAUUUUACCAAACGUCUUCAGACGAAGUGGAAGUAUUUGGAAAUAAUUUCACGGUUGACUUUUUCAUCCAACAAUGCCAGGAUGUGUUUGGAAAGAAGUUCGACGGAAAGUUCUUGAAAGCUGCUGUUGAUUGGACCAACAAUGAGUACGGCGGCUUGGACCUGUCGAUCGCUCGCAUUGCCUACGUCCACGGCUCGGUGGACCCCUGGCACGCGCUGGGAAUGACCAAAUACACGGACAGUGCUGCCCCGGUCGUCUACAUUCGUGGUGCGGCCCACUGCGCCAACAUGUACCCGCCCGCCGAUAGCGACUCUGAGGAGCUGAAGCAGGCCCGUGAGGCUAUUCUGUCGUACCUGGGCAACUGGGUCUCGUACCCCUGACUCACAUGGAAGGAGUGCAUGAUGCGUGUACUCUCCACGAAGUCGCCCCGGGACUACUCCAACGCGGAGUGUGCCAACUUCUACCUGGCCCGCAAGAUUACGCUCAUCACCGUCUACUGGAUGGGCAGCCUCGCCGCGGUCUCGUCCAUGCACCACCUGUACGAUGUGUUCGCCGCCCAACAAGUCAUCCGUAUGAUAAACCAAGAAUAGCCCCAGCCGCCGGCUUUACGGGCUGGGCCGGAUGAUCCGGCACUAUAUCUUCGUUUAAUGCGAUUAUUAAUGGUUUACUAAACGGUCGAUUACAAUUUAGGCUCAAUCGAGUCAAUUUAUGUAUUAGCAGUAAGAUUUGCGCAGUUCGUCAAUUACACGACUGCUUGGUUUAUUAGAUGUAUUGUGUAGCACUAAGCAUUAUGUGUGUGACCUAUUUAUUGUUUACAGAUUCAGACUGUUUAUUAUGAGUUACCACAUUUUUUUAUUUUCUAUCGCAUGAUUGGGCGUUGGGAAAAACUAUGGCGGCGAGAAAAGGUAAGGGUGGGCUUCGUGGGAUGUAGUCGAUAAAAUGUUGAGGAGAGUAAGGUAAUUAGACUGAAGAGUGGUGCAAAAUUUAUGAGGGUGGAGAAUUUUCUCAUUUUGGUGCUGUUCUUUUAGAAACAUUUCUCUUUUUUACUAGAUUUUACAAAAAACUUAGUUAUGAUUUAUAAUAUUUCCUAUCUACUACUACUUGUAAGUUUUCUAGCAUAUGAUGUUCAAUAUAUCGAUCAAUUUCGAUGUCUUAUAUGCGUAUACUUGGCCAAACUGGCAAUCGACUUGAUGAAAUCAAGAUUUGAAGUAGUUUUAAGCAGGCAAUUGAUAUUACAAAACAACGUUUUACUGUAAUGUUUUUGAAACGUUUGUCUUUGUAAUAAGUUGCAUUUGACAUGGUUGGCAAAUCAACCUCGUAGUUAUAUUACUCCCUGGCUUUUACAGCCAUUAUUAUUAGGAUUAGGACAGCCACGAUAACCGAACGGUGAACGCGGGUUCGAAUAUCGCCGCCGAUCGAUUAUUGUGGCGAGCCCACUCGUAACACGAGGGGCUAACUGGGAUAUUAGUUAUUUGUAGAAUACAAAUGACUAAUAUUCUUAAAAAAUAUAUUAUAAAAAAGGUAAAAAAAUUAAAAAAAAGGAAAAAAAAUAUUUUUAAGUGAUUGGAAGCAACUUGAUGUGAAAUCCAAGUUUAUUAUGCUUCAGUAGUGUUCAAUGUUCAGUGUCUAUUAUAGAAGAAACCGAUUUUGGUGAUCUCUUAUGGUCGAGGGCGCCUGGCCCUGCGACUCUCGGGCCGCGGUCCGCCGGGCUUGGAAAGUCCAUCAUCACUGCGAUGGCAUGCCCUCGCAGGAGACAUCUGCCUCGGACACACAGGUGCCUCACCAGCCCGUACGCCCUGUCUGAGGCUUAACGACCGUACAAGAUAAUCGCAUGAUUUACUCAAUCAAUAGUCAAUAGUUGUAAGUCUACGAGAACCCACUUCAUUAAAGACUUUGUUUUAAAUAGUUUUGGAAUUGAUAUCUUCAUGCUUAGUAUACAAUAUUAUGUUAUAAGCUCAUUGUUACUUUUACAAUAUUAUGGAUUAAGUAAGCAACUUCCUAUGUAAGCUACUUUCGUGUAACGUUAUGCUUAAGUGCGCCGUCCGAGAAUGGAAUCUCAAAUAAGUUCCGUGUAUUUUAUUUGCGAAAUAAAUCUAUUCAUGGGUCGA